AUGGAGCUGAGGAUGAAGAGGAAGAGCCAUUCGGAGAGCGACGAAGGCCCUCCCCGAAAACGCUCAAAAAAAAGAAAGCAGGCCACUGCCAAGAGGAUUUCCCCGGUGACCCCUGGAGUGUGUAGUCCCCGGGCAGCGCAGGGCAGUCUCCCUGAAGGGGAAGACUCGUGCCACAGACGGGUGACGAAAACCAGGGCUUCACCUGGAAGGAAACCGACAUGGCAGAAGGCAAGAGAGUGCCACCCACCGGCCCAAAGUGACCAGCCGGGCCGGUCGGUCCAGAGUUCAAAGAGGAAGAGGGACGCCUCUUCCCUGGACGCGGAGGACCUCAACGCGGCCAAGAAGAGCCGUGCCAGCGUUGCCUCAACAUCAUGUUCCUGGGGGACGCCGCUGGCCAAGCUCUGGGAAAUAUGCCACAAGCUUUUGGGGUGCUUGCAGGCACCGUUUUUUGGCAAAGCCGGGUUCUCCUCGCUCUACAAUGUGGGCAAGAUGCUGGGACAAGGAGGCUUUGGGUCCGUCUAUGAAGGGACACGGAAGCAGGAUGGAAAAAAUGUGGCCCUGAAGUUCAUCCUUAAAGCUCAUGACGAUGAAUACCUAACAUUGCCCGAAACGUCCCACACACUGCCCCUGGAGGUGGCCCUGCAUCUGCUUGUGUCCCAGCCCCCGGCGUGUGACCACGUCGUGGGGCUUUUGGAUUGGUUCGACCAGCCCGACCAGAUCAUCCUGGUCAUGGAGCAUCCCGCGCCGUGCACAGACGUGUACGACUACAUGUGCAACGUCGCGGACGGGGCCCUCAGUGAGGACACGGCGAGGGGCAUCAUGCGGCAGGCGGUGCUGGCCUGCCGUCACUGCCGAGACCGCGGCGUCCUGCACCGGGACGUCAAAGGGGAGAACCUGCUCCUUCAAACCGACACUCUCCAGGUCAAACUGAUCGACUUCGGCUGCGGCGACCUGCUGAAGGAGGAGCCGUACCACGAGUACUCUGGCACCGUGGAUUACUGCCCGCCGGAGUGUUUUACUAAAGGGAUGUACAACGGGCGGGAGGCCACCGUCUGGUCCCUUGGCGUACUUCUGUUUCUCAUGGUCAACGGGAAGCUGCCCUACAGGGACGUGCACAGAAUCCGCAGAGGACACAGGCUGCGCUUUAAAACAGGCGUUUCUAAAGAAUGCAGGCAUCUGAUUCACUUGUGCCUGAGACGAAAUGCUAAAGCUAGGCCAACGCUCGAGGAAAUCCUUCAAAAUGAUUGGCUGUUGAACAGGGACUUAUGUCCACACAGCUAAGUGACCUGGAUAUUUGUUUACCACUCUUUGGACUGAUCUCACCGACUAAGUCUUCCGCCUUUCCCUCUCCGGUACCGUCGCCUAGUUCUACAGUCCUCGUCCGUGUCUGACCCCUGCCUGUCCUCGACCACGUUCUUGCCUCACCCCACCGGUACCUUAGCCUGCUGUGUAUGACCCUGCCUGACCACUACGAUUCCUGCUUGACCCCUACGA